AUGAUGGGUAAUAUGAAUUAUGCUCGAGCUUACCACACGGCAUCCGUAUUAGCCAAUGGAAAAGUAUUAGUUGCUGGUGGACAAAAUAGUGGUGGUAUUUUGAGUAGUGCUGAAUUAUAUGAUCCAUCAACAGGAAUGUGGUCAAUUACUGGUAGUAUGAAUUAUGCUCGAUAUUAUCAUACAACAUCUGUCUUAACGAAUGGAACAGUGUUAGUUGCUGGCGGAUACGAUAGUAGUAGUUCUUGGAAUAGUGCUGAAUUGUAUAAUCCAUCAACAGGUGUGUGGACAAUGACUAGCAGUAUGAAUUACACUCGAUAUCAACACUCAAUGACCACAUUAACAAAUGGAAAAGUAUUAGUGGCUGGUGGAUGGAAUGGUAAUUAUUUAAAUAGUGCUGAAGUGUAUAAUCCAUCAACAGGAACUUGGACAACUACUGGUAACAUGAACAGUAAACGACAUUUACAUGCAGGAUCCAUCUUAAAAAAUGGAACAGUGUUAGUAACUGCUGGAUAUUAUGGUGCAACUUUGAAUAGAACUGAAUUAUAUAAUCCAUCAGCAGGAGUGUGGACAACCAUCAGCAGCACGAACUACCCUCGAGAUGAACACACAGCAUCCGUUUUAACAAAUGAAAAAGUAUUAGUUGUUGGUGGACAAAAUAGUGGUAGUAGAUUGAAUAGUGCUGAAUUGUAUGAUCCAUCAACAGGAGUCUGGACAAUCACUGCUAGUAUGAAUUAUGCUCGAUAUCGUCAUACAGCAUCCAUAUUAACAAAUGGAACGGUGUUAGUUACUGGUGGAUGGUAUGCUAGUCCUUUGAAUAUAGCUGAAGUAUAUAAUCCAUUGGCUGGAGUGUGGACAAUCAUUGGUAAUAUGACUUCUUCUCGAUAUGCACACACAGCAUCCGUCUUAGCAAAUGGAAAAGUAUUAGUUGUCGGUGGUAGGAAUACUGGUGGUUAUCUGAAUAGUUCAGAGAUGUACCAAUCAUAA